AUGUCGGACUACCAUGAGAUGGAGUUGUCGAGGCGGAGCAUCCAGAUUUCGGAUCUCAGAGAGGACCUGCAGCAUGGCCUGGACCGGAUCCAAAGCGCCGAGGACCGUUCCUCCCAGCUGGAGAGGCAAAUCGGGAAGCUGAAGGCGUGCUGGGCAUGGAGCGAAAUGCGACGGAUGGCCUCGGGUCACCUGAACCCAUCCCUGCCCAUGGCGCGGCUGCUGCUGCAGCAAGGGCACCAGGUGCAUUACCUCUGCCGGGAGCCGAUGCGGGAGGCCAUCGAAGCCUGCGGGGCCAGCUACUCCUCAGCCGUUGAGGAGGAGACGGAGCUCUACGAGAGCCGCGAAGAGGACUUCUUCGGGUGCAUGGAGACUCUCAAGGCGGAGUACGGCCUGCAGGAGGAGCCGAUGAUGUAUGCGAUGAUGAAGCUGAUGGCCAUUCAGAUGGAGCUGCAGCUUCCCGGGCUCAUGCGCUGGCUGCAGAAGAUCCGGGCAGAUGCGGUGGUGUACUGCCCGCUGGCGAGCGUGGAGGCGGCCUACGCGGCGGAGAUUUUGGAGCUGCCGUCCGUGGGCUUGCUCACCACGGCCGGCCCGGGUAGCAUGGUGAAAGCCAUGGACGAGUUCCUGCGGAUGAUGGGCGCCUCGCUGGAGGGUGCCCUGGCCGAGAUCGAGGCCUUCCAACCGGUGAAGGAGUGCGUUGCGAGGAUGGAGGCGCGCUGGGGCAUCCACAUGGACCUGACGGAGAGCCUGCGGUCCAUGGGCUUCAUGCGGCCCUUCGCGAUGAGCGACGUGACGUUGGUCACCACCUGCGAGGAGCUGCAGGACCCCUUGGCCGCGGAGCUGGAGGAGAAGUACCGCGCGGAAGGCGCGCGCUUCGUGGCGGUGGGCCCGCUGCUGGAUCAGUCCGGCGCCACCCGGGCGGCCGGGCACAAGCUGAAGACCCAGAGGUCCACAGAAAGCCAAGGCAGCCAGUCGGAGCAGUCGGAGGCUUCGCAGGAGCUGCUGGAGACGGUGAGGAGUGCCAAGGCGGCAGGCCGGCAGGUGAUCUUCGCCAGCAUGGGUACCGUGAUCACCGGCGACAGCCCGGAUUUCGGCUGGGAGGCCAAGAUCCAGAACACUAGCGGCCAGCGCAAGGGCCUCACUGGCAAAGAGCUGUGCCAAGCAGCUUGGAGCGGCUUCUUCGACGCCUUUGGCGCCUCAGAAGCGCUGCUCGUGGUUUCCGUGGGCCCACAGCCGGAUGCCUUGGAGGGGCUUGAGGUGCCGUCCAACGCCCUGUGCAGACCUUCGGUGCCCCAAGUGGAUCUUCUCCACGCCGGGGUGGAUCUCUUCCUCACGCACGGCGGCCAGAACAGCUUCACGGAGUCUUUGUCCGCGGGGGUGCCCGUGGUCGUCUGCCCAGGCUUCGGAGAUCAGCCGGUGAACGCCGAGAAGGCGGCGGAGCUGGGCGUCGGCCUGCAGGUGCCACGGCCCUUUCCGGACGCCGGCGAAGCGAGCGCCGUGGCCGCCUACCGCGCGGAGGUGCGCCAGGCGUUGCUCCGCGUGGCCACGGAGCCGUCCUUCGCGGAGCGCAGCGGAUACUUCGCCAAGGCGCUGCGCGCCGGGGGCGUGCCGCGGGCCGUGCAGCUCACGCUCCAAGCCGUGGAGGACGCAAAGGACGCCAAAGCCAAGGCCAACAAGGCGAAGGCAAAGCUGCCGGCGCUGCUGGGGAACACCCAGCCGGCCAAGGAGCUGAAGCAUGUGCCAGUUCAGCCAGGCCUGCUUGGGGCAUGA